UUNNCCAAAUAGGGAGGUGUGGGGGUUUUAAGCUGAAUAUCAGUGUGUAGGUCAACUUUUUCUUUUCUGGCAGUGUAUAUUAGUUAUCUGUACUGAACAUUGUGAAUGGGUUCAAGAGUUUGGUUCAAGAAUAUAAUUAGCAAAAAGAAAGUGAAAGGAGAUGGAUCGCAUAAACUGAAGGUUCGAAUCUCUGAAAACCGUGCUUUCUAUUAUCCUCUUUCUAAAUAUGUUACAUUGUAACACUGCCACUAUGAUAUUAUGGUAUUUUUGUAAUCGGGUUGAAGAUGAUUGACUCGAGUGACUUAUUGAAGAGAGUUUAUUUAUGUCUGUUGUGGAUAAAUUAUUGUUAUAUGUUUCAACUAUCGAAUUGAUCUUUUCUGCAUAAGUUCCGAAAUUUGAUGAUUUUAGUCUUUAGAGCACUGAUUUGCCUACCUCCCAGAAUUAAAAUCAUAUAUAAACUAGCUUGCUCGAUUUUUGCUGAGUUAUUAUGGUCCCUCCAUCUAUUUUGCAGAUAGUAUUUUUAUAUUUUUGCUUCAAAACUGUUUUCUAUAAGCUUUUCUUAGUAUUCAAAAUAUUGGAGCAUUACUGAAAAGUGAAAUGUUACUGCAUAUAUCUGAAUAUCUGCAUAUCUGCAACUUUUGGUUUUGUUUUCUCGAUAUUUUCAAACAGAGAUAUUCAGCACCCGGAAGAAUAAAUGGCGAUAAAGAACAACCCUUCUCAGUAAAAGGGUGCACAGUACUAGUCAAUGGUGCCCCUGCAGAUAAUCAGGCUCUCUCCAAGGAAGAUUUUGCUGCUGUCCGAAUUCAGACUGCAUACCGAGCACAUGUGGCAAGGAAAAACUUCCGCAAAUUGAGAGGAAAGUCAAGGCUACAGAAAUUUAUGCAACAUGAUUCAGUGAAAAAGCAAGCCUCGUCCACUAUGAGUCAUCUGCAUGCAUGGACCAAAAUUCAGGCUCAGAUUCGAGCACGUCGAGUUCACAUGGUUGCUGAAGGUCAGCUCAGGCAGAAAAAGAUGGAGAAUCAAUUGAAGCUAGAAGCCAAGCUUCACGAUCUUGAGGUCGAGUGGACAGGUGGCGCUGAAUCAGCUGGCCAAGCUCUUGCGAAAAUUCAUCAGAGAGAAGAAGCCGCUGUUAGGCGUGAACGGGCCAUGGCAUAUGCCUUUACCCAUCAGUGGAGGGCCAACUCGAGCCCGGGAUUUGGGUCAACCAAUCUCGAAUUUAGUAAGGAAAAUUGGGGAUGGAGUUGGAUGGACAGGUGGAUUGCUGCUCGGCCUUGGGAAAGCCGGCUUCCGAUGAAAGAAAGUCCCAAGAAACUAGCACAAAAUCGGCUGCCAAACAAGAUUUCCCCUACAUUCAAAGCCACUGACAAAGUCAAAUUAGUCUCGCCUAAUGGUAAGGUCACCAGAAAAACUGGAAAACUGUCAUAUGAGGCAGCAGAUAAAAGUAAAACAGCUGCUCAGAAAAUGAAACCCAAAGCUGAAGAGGUGAAAACUAAGAUUGAAAAGGAAGGAUCUUGAGUCGUGCGGCUUCAGAGUAAUACAUUAUAUUCAGAAAGUGAUAUUACUUUGAAGCGAAUUGGAAA